AUGCUAAAAUAUAUUAACUAAUAAAAAAUAUCACAAACAUUUAAUUUAAUUCUUAGCUAGAAACUUAACAAAAAAUUGGUAAAAAACAUCUUCCAAAUAAAAAUAAUUGAGAUAAUUAGAUUUCGAAACAAAAGAAUUAGGUUUAAAUAAAUAUCAGUUUAUUUAAAUUCAAUCCGACGCUAUAAUCCCAUUUUAUUUUCUCUAUUAGAUAGAACUAGAAUAUAAAAGUAUACAAAGUUCUAAAGUAAUAAUACUAAAAUACAUUAAAAUUUUAUUUACAUACAAUAAUAUUUUUAUUUUGUAAAUUGUUUAUUUUUAUCUAAAUAAUUAUUGAUCUAUUUAUAAUUGAGUAGUACAAAUCAAAUUAGAUUUAAAAACACAAAAAUUAUCCAUCAAAUUAAUUUAAUUUUAAGUAAACUUAACUCUAAUAUAAUAUCCUUUAGCUUUUAUCCAUUUAUUUAUUUCAAUAUAUAUAUAUAUAUUUACUUACUUUUUAAUUUUGCAAAUUAUUUUUACUCUUUCCAUCCAAUAUAAUAAAACUUCUAGUUAAAUCAUUAUUAGCUUCCAUCUCAUAUAUUAAACUGCUAUUAAUUAAGUUGA